AUGCCACAAGAAUCAAAGCAAGAAAUCCUUCACCGUCGAGCUGCUGUUAGCGCCAGCCACAAGGGCGCCACAGUCAAAAUCACUCUUCCUGCCCCUACGGUCGCUGAGGGCAGCCACCGCAGAACACGAUCUGCCAAACUUCGAGAUGAUCGACCCGCCGAACCAGUGGAGAUGCAGCAGCCGGAGUUCGUUGCUGGCUCAUCAAAAGCUGCAGAGACAGCAGCUGAAUCCGAUGACUUGAUGCUUCGAAAGCGUCUCCCCUCGGUCGGGAACCGGCCCUCUCGCCCGUCUGCACGUCGUCAACCUCUCAAUCCUCCUACGCCACAACCUGUCGAGAGGUCCGAAGAUACCCCAAACGAGGCAGACGAAGAACGUUCCAGCGAGGACGAAUUUGAGGACCAUGUUCCUUUUACUGGGUCCAUAAAAUAUGUGUACCCAGUCGAGCCCCCGCUAGACCCGGGUAGCCCCGAUUGGCUCAAGGACAUGAACAAACAACUACGGAAAGAUCGCAAGUCCAUCAACUCCCACAAAUGGAUGUCGCAGAUGUUUGUGGUUGAUGCAGCGAAAGAUAUGCGCCUUGCAGAACUCGAGCUGCAUCGAGAGCGGAAGAUCUCGAGGGCUGUCUACAAGCUAAUCGGGAAUCUGGCGGGCCCCAGGUACCUAGAAUGGGUCAAUCAGCAUCGGGCUGCCGGCCAGGGGGAGCUUUCUGCAGAGAGCGACGAGGACAUAUAUGACUGGCAAGCGAACGACGACGACGACGAUGAUGGCGGAUAUUGCUACCCCGGCUUUCCCGGCCCGCCUGUCCGUAAGAAACGCAUCAGAGAAGAUGAUGUCGACGACAGGAGCGCAGAGGGGAACGACGUUGGACCCCGCGUCCGCCACGAGUACAAGCGCCGCCGCCUGUUGCUGAAGGAUAAACUGAAAGAGGUUCCCCUAUAUGGAUUGACGACGGUAUCGGAGGUGCAGCCCACAGAAGAUCAGCUACGAAGGCAUGCACUCUGGGGUCUCAACGCGAGCGAGGCGCGAGCAGUACUUGCGCAGGAGGCUGUCAAAAGCUCGCUCGCUGCAGAAGACGGCUCUCAUAAAGCACUUUGUUCGUCGGUCGCGCAUGCCGGUGUGGAUUUCGAGGAACAAGGCCCUGGCUCCCUUGACGUGCCAAUGGCAGACAAUAUCCUUGACGCUGACGCCGAGUGGUAUGGCAUAGACUGGGAGGAAGAUCAUCUGCAUGAAGGUUAA